AUGAAUCAUCCCCCUGGCAGUCAGGGAAGUCCUGAUUAUGAAGAAGCACUGGCACAGAGCAGGUCUGGGAGAAGCACAGCAAACUACUCAAGUGAUUCAUUUGAAUCCACUUCAGAGGAAUCUUGCUGGAAUUAUGAAAGUGAUUCAUUUGAAUCUUUUACCAAUGAACCUGUUCUGGACUACGAAAGUGAUACAUUUGAAUCAUAUUCACACAUGAAAUCUAAUGAAGUUUUGUUUUCUGAAACCACCAGCAUCACAUCAGAAGCAUCUGAGGAGGUCUCACACAGGAAUGAUACAGGGAAUGGCAUAAUUGAGAAAUGGAUCACAAUGCUUGUAAAAAGAAAACGUCAGUCAGCAAAUUCUUCAAGACCUCAGCUCAGUGCAGUUCCACAGCCAAAUUAUACAGAGACAGAGAGCUUGUUUAAUCCCCAUUGCUGUCUUAUUGCUCCAUGAAGAUACAGCAUCUGCGUCACCAGCCCAGAAACAUUGCCUGAUCAAGUACUCGAGAGAAAAAGCCGCAUCCAGGAAACUACACUGGAGUUCAACAGACAGGCAUCAUUCAUGUUCCAUCCCAAGUGUGAUAAUGAACAGACUACAAAUGCAGAGUGUCAAUGAAACUAUGAAACAGGUCAUUCGGGCUAAGAUGCAUGACCCAGCCUUCUGUCCAGAUUGUAUUCAUAAACAGGCAGAGCUAGCCCAAAGUCAGUUUGUCAGGAUGAGAAGGACUAAACUGCAAGCUGAUCUGAUCAAAAUGAAAUUGGAGGAAUACUCUUACAAAAAAGACCUGAUUACCUGCAUUGGAGAAAUUCACCAAACCCUGCCCAAACCCUCAGAUGACUGCAGUGCCAUCUGGCAUAGACUGUACACUAGUGUUAGGACGUAA